AUGCAUCCCGAGUCAAAACGAGCAGGUUCCACAAAGACUCAGCUCAACGAUGGAUUCAGCGAUUUGCCUGAGAGCAUUCUUGUCAUAAUUCUGAGCCAUCUCCCAACUGUGGAAGCUGUUAGGACUUGUGUCUUGUCAAAGUCAUGGAGGACCAUGUGGACCAACGUCACAGCCUUACAGUUCGAUGAUAAACGGCAUAGGGCACCGAGAGACGAUGGCUUUAUUCAGUUCGUUGACCUUGUGGUUCGCCACGUUGGAAGUCUGAGAAUCAACAGUUUCCAUCUAUAUUCUGUUAAUCCAUACGACGAGACUCCUAUCAUCUCGUGGUUAUCAAAGGUUAUAGAGUGCAAUCUUCAGAAACUUGUCAUCACUUGGUACGAGCUCGAAAGCGUCAAUUUCUCUCCGCUCUUCGCUAGUCUCGGCACUCUCGUGGAGCUGAGACUUCGUACGAAGACCAUUCUUGACAUCUCUGCUCCAGCUCUUCUCCCGAAUGUUAAGUUCUUUACUCUAGAGGACGCUAGAAUCUUCAACACGUCAUCCCUCUCAGGGAACAUCUCUCUGAGCUUUCCCGUCUUGGAGACUUUCGAAGCCACUAGUGUCUGCUGGUUUAGAACCGAUACCGUGAUCAUAGAUUCUCCAUUGCUCAGGGUCUUUGAGAUGCUCAAGUGUAGCUCAGGACACGUACCGAACAGCAAUGGAGAGUGUACGAUCAGUUUAUUAGCUCCGAAGCUUGAGAAGAUCACGUUCUCGGGACACGGUUCCGAAAAGAUGUUUCUGUCUUUCCCGCCGUCUUUGCCUGAUGCUUAUCUUUCUCUCACCGGAGAGUGGGCCCAUCCACCAGAGUGGCCCAAGAAGUUUCUAGAAAACUUCACAUGCGUCAAGAGUUUGGGUCUUGAGCUUAUCAGCGAUCAUCAUGUGAUCAAAGUACCCAAGUUUAGACAAUUGGUUUACCUGCUUUUGAUCUACGACAUGACAGAGCCUUACCUACUCAAAAGUUUCCUCAAAUCCACACCAAUCCUCGAGAUGCUAAGCAUUUGCGACUCGAGGUAUCACGGUUUCGAACCUACUUCAGAGAGCUUGGAGGAAAUGCGUUCGCAAACAGCAGCGGAAUGCGUUAGAAAAAAGCUCAAAGUCCUGCAAAUCAGGGGUUUCAAGAUCCGAGAGCCGCAGCUAUCAGUGUUGAGGCACGUGAUUGCAAACGCCGAGGUUCUUGGAGCAGUCAUCCUUUCCACGUCCUCCAAACCAAUCACAGAGAAAGAUAAAGCACUUGUCUUGUCGUAUCCCAAAGCAUCACCUCAUGCCUCUGUCUUCUUCGAUUGA